UUGCCGAAUAUGCCUACCUACGCUGUUAUCGGUGCCACCCGCGGAGUCGGUCUGGAGAUCGUUCGCCAGUUGGCGGCGAACCCUGACAACACAGUUUUCGCCACGGCGCGGAACGUUGAGAAGUCUCUGCACCUAGCCAAGGUCAUACAAGAAGCGCCCGCAAAGAACGUUGUGGCGUUGCAAGCGGAUGUCGUGGACCACCGCUCUCUGAAGGUUGCGGCGGAGAAGAUUGCGCAGGCUACAGGCGGUGCCCUCGACGUUCUCAUCCACAAUGCUGCCAAGAUGGAUUACGCGAAUGGAAACUUGUACCGCUCUCUGACUGAAUAUGAGAGCAUGGACGCUCUGGAUGCAGAGUUUAUCGAAGCGUUCAAAGUCAACACCCUCGGAGCCAUCCACUCCGUUGACGCCUUCCUCCCCCUCCUUCGCAAAGGGUCCACAAAGAAGAUCGUCAUCAUCAGCACCGACGGAGGCGAGCGAGACGUCGUCUGGAAGACCGGUACGACCAUCCUUGCUGCAUACUGCGUCACGAAGUCCGCAGAGAACAUGGUCAUGACCAAGUACGCCGCCGAGCUAGUGGACGAGGGCUUUAUCGUCGCUGCGAUCAGCCCCGGCGUCGUCGAUGUGUCUGGCACUGCAGCUUCUCCACGUAUGUCUGCUAUCUCGUGGUAGAAUGGCGAUGUUGCUGACUAGACUAAUUGCAAUGCAGCGAGUGCGGCUGAGGUGGCUGACCUCAAGCGGGCCAUAGACGGGAUACGGAAGAAAAAAUCGAACCAGAUUGAAAAGCCCUCUACACCGGAGCAGUCGGUCAAGAAGGUGCUGGAGGUUGUUUAUUCCCUGGGACCACAGGACACAGCGACCUACCGCUCUGUGCAGGGUUAAAGCUGGUUUAUCAUCGUACUGCUGAUGACGACGCGCUGCGCGAAUCUCCGCUGUCCGGUGGUUUCUGUACUAUAAAUGCAUUGCAGUCAGACGGAAAUGCCAUGCGUACGUAGUUCACUGUGAGUGCCAGACAGAUACACGAACCCCAGGCUUACACUGCGACAGUGAAGGCUGGGCGCCGCGUACCUGUCACCUGGUUUAUCUGCGGCUCUGUGAUACGGUACACGGGCACGAAUCCACGCGCUCACAGGCUGCGGUUCCUAGCUCUUACACAAAUUAAACUGCGGUAG